UGUCUUCGGGAGAUACGCCGCCGACUUCAUCUGGCAGCGGCAUUUCCUGAGCAAGAUGCUUCUGCCUGGCUUGUCGCUGGCCUGACAGCCCUUGCCCGUCUGCAUUCCGGCCAGCUUCCAAGCUCAGUCGAUGGUCGACUUGAAGCCUCUGAUUUCCCAUUCUCAAACCAUACCCUGCUAGAGUUCACCUCUUUCCUUCCACAAGAACUGUCCGCCAACCACCAUGAUUCACCGGCUCACGGCGUGGAUCUCACGGCUAUUCUCAAGCUUCCCUCAGUGCGAACUAUACUUGCCGAUGCAACCGCCUACUUGACCUCGCGUCUCGGUGAUUUAGCCGUCGAUUCUUUCGGGCCUCCAUCUUCCCCCUUAAGCUCCCAAGCUCAUCUUGCCUUUUCUCUACUCGGACAGCCUUUUUUCUCAGAUAAACAGGAGUAUCCUUCCUUAGUCUGCCACAACGAAUGUACUUCUUAA